UUAAAACAACACUUGAAGGCUUUUUCAACCAAGAAUUCAAAGAAGACUCUAAUUUAUCUGACGGCUUCUACUCUGAGACAACUAGCAACACAAAAGCAACUGAAAUAAAUCACUUCUUUACUGACAGUUACGACUUCAUACCCGAAUUCAAUACAUAUUCCGAUUUCUCAGUAUUCCAUUUUGAAAUAAUCACAAUGUCCAUUCAAGCAGUUAUUGAAGCAAUCG